AUGCCCCGCCCGCAGCAGGUCAACCCGCUUACUCUCGAAACAUGCUCGCCUACCAUUUCUGAUCUAGACGAUGACGACGUUCUCGGGUCGGACGACGAACUAGACGAUAAUGGGCGCGCAGCGAAAUGGCGGAGGAUUGAAAAGAUCGCCGAAUCAUACCUGAAACGAAAACCUGUCUUCAUUCUCUCUGCUUCUUUGAGAGGUCCGUUCGAGAGUGGUUGGAAGAAUCCAUGGAGAAAGGAGAGGAGAAGAGGCAGACAGUUAGUUUCGGAGGACACACGCCUUGAUGGUGAUCAUCUUGAUACACCGGUGGUACAAGAAACCGACUUGCGAAAUACAAAACGCAGAAGGGACUUAUCGGUCACUUCGGGCCUUUCGGCAGUGCCUCCCUCUGGCGACGAGGCGACGGUGACUGCAUCAGAGCGAGAAUCAAAACCUUCUUCACGAUCCAUACCAAAGCACGGCGCCUUCUCCUCGAAAGCCGGCGGCGAAGAGAAUAAUACACCAUUACGACGCCCAAAGAGGUCAAGACAUGCCUCCGUGAGGGUCGAGGUGCCGACUUUUGCUGAGCCUGUAACUUCGGAUUGGCUGAAGAAGGGCGGCCGAAGAUUGAAUUUUGGCAGAUUCAACCCACCAAGCUCACCGACGCCUCAAACAACUAGUAGUGUACGAGGCACAGAAAAUACGACCAGCUUUGAGACAUGUUCUCCUGGGAAGCAGAUAAGCAGGUCACCUUCCAAGCUUCAGAUGCCACAGACGCCAAAGACCCCCGACUUUUCUAAGAAGAUUCAUGUGGAUUCUGCAGUGUCUGCUUCGCGAAGGCAGACUACUUCUCCCGCUACUGAAAACCGAAAAAGAUCCAUGACUUCUGCGCCACCUUACCUGAAUGCGUUGCCGGAUAUCAAGACUCAUGCAAACUCCUCGUUUCAGGUUGUUGCAUCCACUUCUCAACUACCGCGCUUCCAAUACCGGCGGUGGAACCCGCAAGAUUCAAGUCCCGUACAGCAUUCAAGUCCCGUACAGCAUUCAAGUCCCGUACAGCAUUCAAGUCAACGUGUCGAUGAUCAGCAUUCAGCCCCAUCUAUGUCUGAAGCCUCCGAUGCAGACCCACCUGGCCCAGACGCCCCGGUGCAAGAUAAUUUGGAAUCGAUACAGGGAUCAUUGGGAACUGAUGGGGUUUUUGAGAGCCCGGAUGGCCUCGGGGUUUCCCAUGAAAUGAAAAAAUCUACAUCGAGUGGCACGUUUCAGGACGUAUCAACGGAGAAGAGUACCCAUGAAAACAUGCCAUCUGCUCAGCAGAUCCCCGUUCCCCCGGGAGUGUCGGAUCGAGUUCCAUCACUGCACUCGACGGUGGUGUUUAAGAAUACCGAGCAACUCUCAGAUGACCAUGACACGCAGCUAUCGACCCAAGCGGCUCUUCUUCAUGCUCAGAAGUCUUUCCAAGAUGACCUGGAAAGCCCAAGCCCAGGGCCUGACUACAAUUUAUCUCCUGAGAAAGAAGGGCAUAAUGCCGACGAAUCUCUUCUGGCUCAGGAAACGCCAUUCCCCAAUCCCGUGACCACCGAGCGAGUGAUCCCUCGUAGCCUCACACGUUGGGACGACGAAAAAGUGCGGGCACUUAGCACUCAGUGUAUGAUCGAUGCAGCCACGCCGUUCACUUUCAGUACAGAGAGAAAAAAAACCCAAAACCCUUCCGUGAUGUCGAUGCUAGAAAAAAGAAUGCAGUACCUGAAUGUCCCGGAAUGGCCGAUGUCUUUUCGCCAGAAAAGUCAUGGCUUUCCGCUCAAGACGACCAUCAUGCAACGACUGCGGGUGAAAACCAACACUCGCCCGGCCAGCAACGAGCAGACGUGGUACAUGCUCCCAAGCCAACCACACAGAAUACCACGUUGCCAUCGGCUUUGGGUGUAUCGACCUCUACGACUGCUCAGGAUGGACAAGGUGGAAUACACAGGGCCGAGAGCUUUAACCUAA